GUUGUAUUCACGUUCCGGGGCCCUGCUCUUCAGGGCCGUUGAAUAAAGCUGCGAGGCGAGCGUGGUGUGUGCGGUUUGCGCUCCGGAGUUGAGGACGGGAAUAUGUAAACGGGGAAUGGGCCAUUGGCAACGGGACUGCUCACUACAGUCACGCAGGACGGGCGCUUGACAGGAGAGACAGGGGAGCCGGACGGUCUGCAGCGGCUUCAGACAGCAGAGCGACCACGCGCCCCACAGCCUUUUUUUUUUCCCCGCACGACGGAGCGCGUGAGGAAUACGGCACCAAAGAUGAACACGAUUGUGUUCAACAAACUUAGCAAUCAGGUUCUGUUCGAGGAGAAAGCCAAGGAGGUGGAGAGGAGCAGCAGGAAUUAUUUGGAAGUGAUCGAUGGACAGCACGCGGACCUUCUCUCCGGCAACCCCGCAAUCAAAGACAGCUCUGUCAUCCGCCACCGGCGCGCAGGGUCCCGUCAGAAUGGCGGAAAGGUGCGACACAAGCGGCAGGCGCUGCAGGAUAUGGCCCGACCUCUGAAACAGUGGCUGUACAAACACAGGGACAACCCGUACCCCACCAAAACAGAGAAAAUCCUACUGGCCCUUGGCUCACAGAUGACUUUGGUCCAGGUAUCGAACUGGUUUGCGAACGCUCGCAGGCGGCUGAAGAAUACAGUGAGGCAACCAGAUCUGAGCUGGGCCCUGAGAAUAAAACUCUACAACAAAUACGUGCAGGGCAACGCAGAGAGACUCAGCAUCAGCAGUGAUGACACCUGCUCAGAAGAUGGAGAGAACCCCCCCCACACGCAAUCGGGUCCCGCCGACCAUGCUAAGCCCAUGUACCAGAGCGUCAUCAAGAAAGAGGGCGGGGCCUCCGGCCUGUCGCUUCACCCUUCCGCCGCUGACGGCUCAUUGGCUGAGGACUACGUGUCUCCGCCCAAGUACAAGAGCAGCCUGCUGCACCGGUACCUGAACGACUCGCUGCGCCACGUGAUGGCGGGGGGCGUCAUGGCCGCCGCGCGUAAACGCCAUCACUCCGGCUCCUACAGCUCCAACGAGUACGAGGACGAGCUGCUGUCCCCCUCCUGCUCGGAGCCCGAGGCCAGCUUCGUCUACCGCACUGACACGUUGGACCACCGAUCAAGUAAAUGUGACAACACCAGUGCACAGCCGAGAGAAAAGGGCCGGGGGAAAGAAGAGACGUACUGGAAGGAGAUCAACGCGGCCAUGGCCCUGACCAACCUGGCCCACGCCAAGGACAGCUCCUCAGGAACCACCAGCUGCAUCAUCCAGAAGUCCUCACACAUAGCCGAGAUAAAGACUGUCAAAGUCCCCAUGCUGCACAAGUACUGACCCGCUGCCUUCUACCAACACACACACACAGACACACACAAAUACUGACUCAUGAUGCACAUGCACUUGAACUCACUCAUACAUACACACACACAUGCUAUGCAACAUUCCUUUUUACACUCAAAAAGAAGAGUGCCUGUUUUGUCUUUGUACAUUUUUUCUAUUCAAUUUUUUAUCAUUUCUUAGUUUUCUUUUUUCUAAAUCGCAAAAAAAGUGUUGGUAAAUGAAGUGUUUUUUAAUUGCUAUAUUUUAUUAGAGCAGUAUAACAAGGAUGUACUGUACAUGAUUCCGUCUCUAAUUUGUUCCUUUUAGUGUGUGUGGGUGUGUGUGUGUGUUUUUUUUUGUGACACACAGGCAUUGGCCAAGUGUUGAAACAGUAUUCUCCAACGAGACACUUUUGCAAUAUUAACUUAUUGUGUGAAAUUUGACUCCACUUUUUUUUUUCUUCUUUGUACCCGGAAAAUUUGAAUUGUAACUCGCCAAAGUGCCUUGGUGAACCUCCAAGGGAGACCUGAUCAGCUCCAUUUUGAAGUGCCUUGAAGAGUGGACAUUUUAACAGGACAGUCUGAUAGAGAAAAAGACAGAGAUGAAGGCUUGUGCCUUGGGAGCAACGCAGCUCCAACACGCAGUACAUUUGACCUUUAAUAGCACUCUGUACACACACACACACACACAGAGACAUGCAAAACACACUCAGUAUUUUUGCACCCCCCUUCAUGUACACUCUCUUGUGUACACGUUCAUGUAAAGCCAAUGGCAUUGUGGAUGUUAUGUCUGUGUCUUCAUUAUGACUGUAAACCCAACACUGUUUUGUCUCAGUGCAAAAGGCUCAACUCUAACCUGCCAACAAUUACGCAGUAAGGAGAUAAGACUCCUCUCACCUCAGCUCGUACACACGCACACACACACACACACACACACACACACACACACACACAGACCAUGUUCAGUAUUAUUUGCUCCCAUCAGUGUUGUGUAUAUCGGCCUCAAUGACUCUCACUCUGUCUCUCUCAUGCACUCUCACACUCACACUAACACACCUAAACACACACAUGCAGUGUUCAUAUACCAAGCUCACACAAACAAAUCCCUUCCCAUUCCAAAUGGCAAUACAUUUCAAGGUUCGGUGCUGUAUCUGUUUCCUGCUAACAGGGCCAUGACCUGGAGAGAUGUUUGUGUUUCUGUUAUCAGUGUUCAAUGCUGUUAACAGUGCAGCCUUCUCACAUGUUUCUACUCUAAGGGCUAUGAGAGAGAGAUAAUGAGAGAGAGAGAGAAAAGAGGGGAGAGAGACUCUAGCCCCAUGCUGUGACGUCCAUUCAACUUUCAGCUGUUCAAAAUUACCGUCAGAUUGUUGUUUACAACAGGCAAGAGAAAGUCUUCCACAUUUGCCUUGUUUCUCUCCUUCUUUCCUCACACCAGUGUUAUUUUACUCCCUCUGUCAGUGAGUACUCAAGAGGUUUUGUUGUUGUCGUUAUUGUUGAUGCUUUUGUUUGUUUACAGUGGGCACGUCUGUUUAUGUCGCUUUUUUUUUAUAACGUACUUGUCCCAAACCGUACCGUCUGCUAACUCCUCGGGUUGGCAGCGAGUGGAAGGAAUCUUCCUCGCCUUCCCCUAAAGUGUGCUCAACACUUAAGGGUUAUUUACAUUGAUCACGAGGACGCCAAGUACACAAUCCACAGAAACUCAACUGUGUCAGACCUGUCCAACUCAACAUUGCAGUUGUGUAUUUCAAAGGUACUGCUUUGUGUGUGUGUCUGUGUGUAUGUGUGUGUGUGUGUGUGUGUGUGUGUGUGUGUGUGUGUGUGUGUGUGUGUGUUUAAAUUAACUAUUUGUGUCUGCUGCGUCUGGUUAAAGGCUAGAUGGGAUUGAGAGAGAGAGAGAGAGAAAUAGAGAGGGAGAGGGGGUACAUGCAGAGGGUGGCUUAACUACCUGAUGAGGAAAAGCUGUAUGUGGCUCUUCCCCUGACAAACUCCUAAUUGUGAAUGUGCAGACAGUUGGAAGCGGCACUUAAACAUUAUUAAGACAGGGAGAGAGAGAGAGACACUGCUUCUAUUGAUAGCAGGAGGUAUAAGAGACAGGCGAAAGAGAGGAGUAGUCUGAAAUGCAAACACGUCGGCUGCUUUCUUUAAGCUCCCCCGACGCUCAUGUGGAAAGGUAAGAUUAGGCCCGCUGCCUCGGACCAUCCCUGGGCUCCGGUCUGUAAGCUGCAGCACAUACACACACACACAUCGUUUUUUUUUUCUCUCUCUCUCUCACUCACACACACACUAAUGUGCGGGACUAUGCCGUAGGGCAGUAUUCUGCUUUCAGUAUUCCACACAUGGGAAUGCUGAAGUUCGCACCUUACAGAUGGAAAAAUUUCACCACUGAGGAUCCUUUGUCACCUGCACACACAUAUAUACAUACACACACACACACACACUUUCUCACUCUUUUGCUCUCACCCCUGUUUCUAUCUAUCUUUGUAACAUGCAAACUUACACACAACCAUUCCACACAGAAAGCUGUCAGAAUUUUUACACUUCUGUCCUUUCUUGGUACUGUAAAUUUACAAGUGAUAUGCACAAACCCUGUUGAGAAAACAGAAAGCAAGUAAUAUGUUCAUACUUAUACAAAAUCUUUAAAUUAUUAAGGAUUGUAAGAAAAAAAGAAAAGAAAAAAACUGGGACAGUAAUUUUUUUUUUAUUGUUGUUUUUAAGUUAUAUGAACAUGUUUUCUGUUAGAGACUGGAUGUUUAUCCAAUGACCAAAUGCAUAAUAUCUCAUUAUAUUGUUUCAAUUUCUUUUGACGUUACAUUUUUUCCAAGAAUUAUGGUUACUUCUACAGAACAUCGAAUAAACAUUUGGAAAAAUG